GAACGUAAACAUGAAUUUGUCUGCAACACAUCCUCUGAUGCUCUUUUUAAUAGGUGUCAUCUUUGUAAAACAAGCAUCUUUAACUUUCAUGAAAACUGUGAACAUUGGAACGACUGUCACUCUUUUGUGUUCAAACAUCUUGAAAGAGCCCAGUUACAUAGCCUGGUUCAAGCAGACAAACGAUUCUCUCCCACUUUGCAUUGCUACUCAGUAUGUGAGUGUAAACCCAGCGGACUCCAUAUAUUUUAGUGGCUUUAAGGAGAAUCAUGUAGAGAUGUCAGUGAACAAAACAUUUUCUUCCUUGAAGAUUGUAAAUGUAGACAUCUCUGACUCUGGAAUUUUUUACUGUGGAAGUUUUUUGACAAACCACAUGAUGUUUCACGACAAAACACAGUUAGUGGUAGUAAAUGAGACUAGUCAGUCCAAAGGGGAUAUAACGAAUGUGGAUUGUGUUUUGAAUGUUUUAACAGGGGCGGCUGAAGAAAAUUUGAGAUCCUGCCAUUUCUAUUAUACACUGACACUGAUUCUGAGUGGCUUUUUUCUUUUGCUUCCCACUGUAUUUGUGAUUGUCGUCUUAUUCAGAUUGAAGGAAAGAAAAAAGCAGAAAGGCAUGUUAACAACUUUACAUACACACUAAAAUAUACAAUAAACC